AGUUCGAGAAAUUGUGGCAAUGAGCUGUUUAAGUGAUCAACCUGUUUGCAUGAAGAUGUUCUUUUUUCCAUUUUCUCUUUUUCUGGAUUGAGGAAGAACUCAGUACAUUCUUUAUUUUUUCAAGAUUUUGAAAAUCGUACAGGGUUUAUCUACAAUGCCUCAUUGCAUGUUCGUGAAUAUAAGGAGCAAUAUACAGAACUUAGGUAGUUUAUGUCAUGUUUGUUGUGGUGGGUAGAAAUAGGAUCAGUAUAUUACAAGAAACAAAGAUCACAUUUGGGGCUAAAAGAAAAGAGGAAGGAGUUCUUAUAUUGUAAAAGUAACUUCAAGAGAAAUAGGACAGACGGGCUGAACUUAAGCCUUUUGCAGUACAAAAUCCCUCUCUUUUUACAAAGAGAGGUAAAAAGAGAGGGAAUAUAUGAAGGGUUCUACUUGUUGGUUCUAGUAGCUUGUCGAUUCUCUUCAAGUGCAUUUGGGUAGGGAGGAUAUAGGAUAGGCGAUCAGAAAUGGGGGGGUCGAUCAUUGGAUUUGGGGAGGAUCUGGUCGACUGGGAUGGCCAAGAUUCAAGUGCACAAGAGGAGAAAAUCUUUGUUGCAGUAAGGGUGAGGCCUCUGAACGAGAGGGAACUCGGGAAGAAUGAUGUCUCGGAUUGGGAAUGCAUCAACAGCACGACCAUCGUAUUCAAGAAUAGUCUUGCGGAGCGUUCUUUGGUUCCAACAGCCCACACGUUUGACAGAGUAUUUGGGACUGAAGCUUCCACGGGGCAAGUUUACGAGGAAGCUGCUAAGAAGAUAGCCCUUUCUGUAUUAAGCGGAAUGAACUCAACUAUUUUUGCGUAUGGACAGACAAGCAGUGGAAAAACAUACACCAUGACUGGAAUUACAGAGUACACAGUAGCAGAUAUAUAUGACUACAUACACAAGCAUUCUGAAAGAGAAUUUGUGUUAAAAUUUUCGGCUAUGGAGAUUUACAAUGAAGCAGUCAGAGACCUCCUCUGGCCUGAUGGUGGUCCACUUAGACUUCUGGAUGAUCCGGAGAGAGGGACUGUUGUUGACAAACUUACCGAGGUGACCUUAAGGGACUUCGACCAUCUAAGAGAGCUCCUAUCAGUUUGUGAAGCUCAAAGGCAAAUAGGAGAGACUACUCUGAAUGAAAUGAGCUCCAGAUCCCAUCAAAUUCUGCGCUUGACGGUUGACAGUGAAGCUCGUGAGUACCUUGGCAGAGAUAAUUCAAGCGUUCUAACAGCUACAGUGAAUUUUGUUGAUCUUGCGGGCAGUGAACGUGCUUCUCAAACAUUAUCAGCUGGCACGCGGCUAAAAGAAGGUUGCCACAUUAAUCGCAGUUUGCUUACACUUGGGACAGUUAUUCGCAAAUUAAGCAAAGGAAGAAAUGGCCAUAUUCCAUAUAGAGACUCCAAGCUGACACGAAUACUACAGAACUCGUUGGGUGGCAACGCCAGAACCGCUAUUAUUUGCACGAUGAGCCCAGCUCACAGUCAUGUCGAGCAAUCAAGAAAUACGCUCCUAUUUGCUAGCUGUGCCAAGCAAGUUAGUACGAAUGCACAAGUGAAUUUGGUGAUGUCAGAGAAAGCACUUGUCAAGCAACUGCAAAGAGAACUAGCUAGGCUGGAGAACGAGUUAAGAAAUUUGAGGUCAGCUUCUGCCUCAUCUUCUUCAUCAGCACUAAAAGAGAAGGAACUUCUUAUCGAGAAGAUGAGCAAAGAGAUACGAGAACUAAAACAUCAGCGUGACUUAGCUCAAUCUCGUGUUGAGAAUAUGCUGCGGGCAGGAGAAAAUCCAGCAUCAAAAUCUUGGGUUGAUAUGAGUAACCAUGAAAAAGGUUCAUGGGGAGAUGAAUAUCCAACAUCAGACGCAUCAGAGAUGACCGACCCCCUCAGGUCUGAUGCUGUGUCUCGAGGAUCACACUUGUCAGACAGAUAUGAAGGUGUCAUUUCCAGCAGGAUUGAGGAUAAUUUCCCCGAGAAUAAUGAAGAGCAGUUUUUGUCCAGUGACACUUCCCCAAGACUAUACAUUGAUAAGUACUUUGGUCCGGAUCCAUGUAAGGGAUGGGAGAAGAUGGCUGAGGAAACUAGUAAGAAUUUUGAAGAUAACUGCAAGGAUGUUCAAUGUAUAGAAAUUGACUUCACCAAAAGAAAUGUCGUUUCCAGUGAACCUUCCUCAGAAAAAGGGGAUGAUCAUGUUUCAGGGCAAUCUCCUUGUUUGUCAGACAACAAUUCGCCUGGCCCUGGUGCCAAUGUAGAGAGGUGCAACAGUUGUUCAGCAAUCCUGACGACAGUCACGAAAUCCCCAAGUUCCGAUGAAGCAAAAGAAUUCGAAAACACGUUAGAGAAUGAAGCAGACAAUCAAGAGAAACUUUCUGAUCCAGAGCCAGUGUCUAAUAAUGAAAAUCUAUACACAGAGGAGACUCAACCAUCUGUCGAGGCUGACUUAAUGAACAAAGGUGACUGUUUGGACAAGCAACAAGAAGCCCCCUUGGAAGAACACAAGGAAGUGAUCGAGACCGAGCCUGACCCCGAGCCAGAACCAGAGCCAGAGCCGGAGCCGGAGCAAGAGCCAGAGCCAGAGCCAGUGAAGCUGGUUGAAUAUGAUUUGGACAUGAAAAAGGAAAGAGAACCAGAUGAUGCAAAACAAACUACAGAUGGUGGCUCUGAUAAAACUCAGGAUACUGAGCAAUCCGCUUCUGAUUGGCAAACUGAAUUCCAGAGGCAGAAGAAAGAAAUUAUUGAACUUUGGGAUGCCUGCCACACUCCUUUGGUCCAUAGAACCUACUUUUUCCUGCUCUUUAAAGGAGAUCCAUCAGAUGCUGUUUACCUGGAGGUGGAGCUUAGGCGCCUCCAAUUUCUCAAGAACACGUUGCACGGAGGCGCAGUCUUGAAAGAUGAUCAAUCUUUCAAACAGGCCGCAAGCGUAAAGGCUCUCAACCGGGAGCGAGAGAUGCUGAGCAAACGAAUGCUAAAGAAGUAUUCAGUAAAGGAAAGGGAGGCGCUAUUUGAGAAAUGGGGCAUCGACAUAAAAUCAAAGCAGAGAAGGGUCCAGCUAUGCCGGCAGCUCUGGACAGAUCCCACAGACAUGGACCACAUCAAUGAGAGCGCAACCAUAGUGGCUAAACUGGUUGGUUUUAAGGAACCAGGGCAGGCCCCAAAGGAGAUGUUCGGGCUCAGCUUUUCACCAAGACCAGCAGAUGUCAAGUCCUUCAGCUGGAGACACAGCCUGCAUUCCAUGAUGUAAGGUAUUGUGGGGCACAGUUUAGUGCACUAGCCAAAUAUAUACCUAUAAUUUAAGGGCUGAGGGAUGGUUUAGAGUUUUGUUGGUGGUCUAAACCACAGAGCCUCAUGUAUAUAUACGUGGUUGAGAUCCUAACUCCUCUUCUAAUGCUCUACCUCAUACAACAUGCAAGCUAUAUAAGCUAUUGGAAUCUAUUUAAACGCUCUUUUCAUUGUUGUAGCAGAAUCCUAUCCUUAUGCUCAUCAUAUGUAGAAUAGAUGGUUAUCUUCAGAACUCAAAGCACAAUACUUUUUUCUCUAUUUGUAGAUUUUGCAUUCUAUUUCACGGUCUAGGGAAACUUCUAGGCACAUGAGACAACAUAGACGUGUAAGAAAAGGAAGAAGAAAAACCAGACUUGUGAUCAUGUAACUGGAUUUCUUUUCCAUUUU